AAAACGCUACCGAGGACGAUAUGCAAGUGAGGAUGUAUCUGGACACCAAUAGCCAUAGCCCACCAGCACUGUUGCAACCUACUCACAUAGUCUGCCCCUAUCUGUCCUUCUGUCAAUGUCCACUCAGGCAACACACAUUAUGUCAGUGGCAUUCCCGCUACAGAACCCUGCGAAGUGGGUACAGUCCUUGCACCAACUCGUGAAUCCACUCGGGAGUUGGAGUACAUGCUCCAUGUACCUAAUGACGAAGGAGCCCCAUGUGUUGCAUAUCGAACGACAUGACGAGUGUUCUUUGACGAUCAUCUUCAGUCUUCCUGCGAAGACUCCUCGCAAUGUAGAAUGUGACGUGGACCCUUUUUUGGUGCCUUCAGAACGUGCGGUGCUCUUCCCAUAGCUGCAAGUCGGUAGCUACUCUUGCUUUCAUGGUGGCGAGAGCGACUAUUCUCUAGGGGGCUCAAAUGUUCGUCCGUGCUUAAUUGUGUUGGUCAAGCAUACCUCUCGAGGUCACUUGAAAUCUGUGAAUUCCAGUAACAUUGCGCACCUUGUGAAGAUAAUCACCAGAUUUUGAGAGGCUCAAGGGUACAGACGUGCUGUAGAGCAUGUGUCCGGGACCGACUCUGUUGGAGGCUCAUAAUGUUCAUGUGGUCGGCCACGGCGAAGAGCUGGUGGUUCUUGCACAUGGAUUUGGUACUGACCAAUCAGUAUGGAAGCAUGUCCUCCCUCACCUCAUCGAUGAGUACCGACUUAUCUUGUUUGACAACAUGGGAGCCGGCACAACCGAUCCUGAAUAUUACUGCUUUCAGAGAUACUCUUCUCUAUACGGCUAUGCUGACGACCUUCUCGCUAUCCUGGAUGAGCUUGAGAUCACUUCGUGCAUUUUUGUUGGACACUCAGUCUCUGGUAUGAUUGGGUGUCUCGCCUCGCUAGCUCGGCCAAAUUUUUUUACAAAGAUCAUUACGAUUUCUGCCUCUCCCAGGUAUCUCAAUGAUGCAGAUUAUUUCGGGGGGUUUGAGCAGGACGAUCUCAACCAGCUCUUCCAAGCCAUGCAAUCAAACUUCAAGGCUUGGGUCUCAGGAUUUGCUCCAUUAGCAGUAGGUGCAGACAUAGAAUCCAUGGCAGUACAGGAGUUUGGUCGAACUCUUUUUAACAUUCGUCCUGACAUUGCGUUCAGCGUGGCAAAAACCAUCUUCCAAAGCGAUCUGCGGAGUAUACUACCACAGGUGACUGUGCCUUGCCACAUCUUGCAAAGCUCGAGGGACCUCGCAGUACCAGUGAUAGUGUCGGAUUACAUUCACCAAAGAAUCAGCGGCGCCAGCAUUGUUGAGGUGCUGCAUACAGAAGGUCACUUGCCCCAACUCAGCUCUCCAGACGUGGUUAUCCCUGUCUUAAAACGCCACCUCGUUGGAGAUCUUGUUUGAAGCGCCCUCGAAGAAGAACAGCAAUCGAAGCUACGCCUGGCAUUCUUCAGUGCCACGUACGCGGUCACAUUGUAGCACAGGCAGCUAAUGCUCUCCACCCUCUUCAACCAAGUGCGUAAAUCACAUCACCAAACUGUCAGAAACAAGUUGGUCUUGGUUCUCACAUUUGUGAUGUGUGGAUCGAAGGAACUGCACCUGCACAAUGCCACCUGCAUAGAGCUGCAACCAGAAUUUGUGAUAUCUCAAGGAUCUGGAUUUCUGGAGAAAACAGUGGAUUAAACCAGACCCAAUUACCAUCAAUACUUAAUCCUAUGGCAUGGAGUGGUGGAUAGAAAUGGAUACGAUGCAUGCAAUUCUUCUAGAUUGAUGGUGCUCUACAAUUUGAUGAAACAGCCAUACUUUCGUUCACCUGUGGAGGUUGAACUGUGAUGUUCGUAGUAUACAAACGAGUAUCUAAGAUGUGUCAUUGAUUCUACUCUUCUCCAACUUCUGACGAGUUCUAUGUAUUUCUGUUGCACUUGAUGAUCUGCGAGUGAGGUGAAAUCCCAAACUGCAUUGAAUCAGACUGCCACUGGCUUUAUUUA